AGAAGCAUAUAAAUAUCAGUGGCUCUCAGUCCCAAGACAUCGUUGCUGAAGACUUGCAUGGGCAGCAUGAAGUUGGGAGGCUUCCUUGUCCUUGUGGCCCUCCUCACCCUCAGCAUGGAGGUACAAGAGCUUCAGGCUGCGGUGAGACCAUUGCAACUGCUGGGUCCCUGUGCCGAGCUCUGCAGAGGUGACUGGGACUGUGAGAUAGGAGAGUCCUGUGUGAGCAACGGCUGUGGCCACAUCUGUGAGCCCAAAUGAGAACAGAUGCAGAGCUCUCAUAAGGGCCAUUCUUCCCAAAUGAGUGCUCACCUCUUCUUGGAGCUUCUACCUUCUACGCUAUGAUAGCUUGGAGCCUCUUACCCAGGAAGACAGAUGAAAAUGGCAGCCUGUGGAUGCAGAGUAAAAGGGGCCUGGGGAAGGGAA